AUUAAAAUGUUAGACUGAGAAAGUUGGAGUAAGGGAUGGGUGACAUUUAGGGUCAAGACCCUUCUUCAGAUGUUAUGUGGGAAACACAAAUUCAUGUGUCAGGGGUUGUGGGGAGAAGGCAGGAGAAUGGGGUUAUGAGGGAGAUAGAUCAUCCAUGAUUGAAUGGCGGAGUAGACUUGAUGGGCUGAAUGGCCUAAUUCUGAUCAUGACCUUAUGACAUGCAGAAGCAGAAUGUCUCACAAAGAUCAAAGCUCUCAUACUGCUGGGUUGUCAUUGCCCAAGCAUCUUCAUGGACUGAGCGUCACUGUUGUAUUUGGAGCUGCUACAUGGACAUGGUGGUUCCCAAAGCCCCCUGGCGGUGGCAAGCGGAUUUUGCAGGCCGUGAUUAGCCCCGCCCCCUCCCCUCCACACGCGCCGACGUCGCGCACGAGGCGACGUGGCGGGAGCGCGGGCGGUGACGUCGCGGCGUGGCGGGAGCGCGCGCGGUGAUGGCGGCUCGGGAGCGCGCAGUGUGCGGUGAUGGCGGCCUCGGAGCGCAGGCUGCCGAGUCCCGAGGCGUUCGUGGGCCAGUCCUGGAGCAGCUGGAUCGAGCGGGCCGAGGCGCUGCGGCUGGCGGACGGCACAGAAUCGGAGGAUUGUGGCAAGGAUGUGAGGAAGAAGAUUGAAACAAUGCGACUCAUCAGAGAAGACAUGCCAAUCUUUGGUCACUGUCCAGCCCAUGAUGAGUUCUUCCUUGUGGUGUGUAACCAGUGUGGACAAGUAGUUAAACCUCAGGCAUUUCAGAUGCACUGUGAGAGAAGACACGGAUCUCUGAACAAAUUGUCAGCUCGGAAACCUCCCGCCUUGACGUCCACAAACUCCAUCCUGCAGAAAUCACGAUGCAACAGUGUUCAAACUGCAGUUACCUCCAACCAUGGCACCAGAUCCUCCAAAGAGAAGCUGCACAGCCCUAGUAACAAGGUGCUACAGUUAGAUGUGCCUUCAAAGGGACCAAAAGAAAAUUUGUGCUUGUUUGUUCCCAUGGUAAACCUUGAAAAGAUCCCAUCUCUUGGAAAGACAGAGAGUUCCUGCAUCAAACUGACUGCCAAGCCUCCUGCUGUUUCGCCCUCCUCUCCUGAACCCAUCUCUCCCUCUGAGAAACCCAGCAUGGCCCCUGUCCUUGAUUCUAUGCCAAAGACGGGGGCAGCAGAAGCAGCUGAUCAAUCAUUCCCAGCUCUGGUGAUUCAGAAUGGUAAAGGUGAGAGGUCGCCCGCGCUGGAAGAACCAGUAAACAAUAACAGGAGAAACAACCAUAAAGUCCACAGGAGGAUAAUUGAGAAAGAAAGUGAUCUCAAUAAGCACUGCGGCGGAGUGAUGGAUCUAGAGAGCAAGAAGCACUGCACACGUUCAUUAACUUGUAAGACGCACUCCCUGACUCAGAGAAGGAACGUGAUUGGGCGGCGACUGGCAUUCGACGAGCUCCUGGCAGAACAUCGGGCAAGCUUGAAGAACAAGGAAGGUGGGCGAGAGAGAAAGCAGCAGGCAAAAGAGGCAGUGCCACUUUCUCCUGUGCAGGAGAUGACCACCGGAGGCUGGGGUUCAGUGAUGCCAGGAGUCCCCAUGAGAAACACAAAGCCUGUCUGCUCUUCUGGCUCCAGGGUUUCCUUGGAAAGUGAAUUGUCUGAUUGUGAGAGGUCCACAGCUGAUCCUGCUCCACACUCUGAGCUCCCCUACCCUCUCUUCAGAUUCGAGAUAAACAGCCGGCUGUCGAGCGAAGAGAGUGAUGGAGAGAUGCCUGAGGAACUGGAGAAGCCAGACUGUCACUAUUCACAAUUGCAUCCAAAGCCACUGGCAUUUUGCACUUUCGGAUCCCGAAUGAUUAGCCGAGGUUAUUACGUCUUCAACAGGAGAUUGGAUCGUUUCCGAAUGGCCCUUAAUUCCAUGGUGGAAAGGCACCUAAACUCUCAGAUGUGGAGGAAAAUCCCUCCAGCCAUGGAUGCCCAGACGGCACCGCCACCACCCGCCUCCUCGCUGCAAUCGUUGUCCUCCCUGCCAUCGUUGUCCUCCCUGCCUGUGGCAGCCAACUCCUCCUCGCCCUCGCUCGCGGACACGGAUCUAAAGCCAACACCCUCGACUGCUGCCUCCGCCGCAGCGCGGACCUCCACGGAACUGCCUGCCAUCCGGUGCCGCUCGCCCCCUUUGUUACCCCCCGCCUCAAACCCUUUGCGUGCUUCGGGCAGAACGUCCUGGGCCAAGGCUGGGAGCGUGUCCGGAUUCCACCAAGGCUCUCACCCACUCACUGACACAUCACAAAGCAAGAGGAAGAAGCCAGCAUUCUCUGCCUCCCAGUUGCAACCUACUCUGGACCCCCCACUCAAAAGGAACUGUGUGCUAAGUCUGGGCAGGAUCAGCAACCCUCCGCCUGGUGGAAUAGUCCCCCGGCCCGCUAACAUGAAUACCUCUUCACACAACGCUAACAAUGGAGUGGCUGCUCACAGCCCCAAAGCACUGGGACAGGCGGGAACCGUGGGGCAUUCAGGGAAGUCCAUCAAAGGUCCCAGCUGGACAGUGGAGCUCUUUGACCCCAAAAGGGAUGCUCGCCUCUGUGAGGGACGUAAGCUUGGAAUUCACUGCCCCUCGACCCCACCACUGAUCGCCAACUCACCCCUACGGGCUGAGGGCAGGAAACGGAAGAACGCGGCCUCGUGCUUAAAACCCACCAAAUUAACCAAGUCCCCCGAAGUCAACUGCGCGCACAGGAAAAGGGAGGAGAGCUUGGCGCCAUCUCGACCGCCCCUCAACUCCCACACACAAAAGGCAAAGGUGCGCCCUUGAAAAUUACCUUGGUGGGGACAAGGACCUGGAAACCUUUCUCUGGUGUCGAGAGCUCUGGUCGAGAGCUCUAUCGCGGGUGUCGAGAGCUCUGUCGGAUCACAUGCUUAUUGGGCACAAAUGAAAGAGGGCAUAUCCCGGCAGCUGCCACAUUUAGUACAAACUACUUUUGGGCGUGCAGCCUGCCCUAUGUACUGCAUACCACAUCAGUAUGGAGUUCAGUUACUACUCUUGUCAUCCAUCUGUUUUGUUUAUCCCUUUGAACCUUUUUCUGACUACAGUGAACCCUCGUUAUUACAAACCUCUUUAUAAUGGAUUUUGGUUAUAGCGGAUGAACUUACCGAUCUUCACCACCAGGCCAGGCAGGUGGACACCCCCGGCACGCGCCGUCACCCAGCCUCUUCCAGGCCAGACCUACCCACCUUCAGCACCGGACCAGACUGCCGACGGUACUCCCGGCUCACAGUGCCUCCACGGCAGUUUCUAGGCCAGCUGGCGACCCCACUCCCAGCCGCCACCACCACCACCAUGGCCGCAUCCUGACCUACCGACCUUCAACGCCAGGCUGGGCUACCGACACGGCUCACCCCACCCUAUCGGCAGCUUUCAGGCUGGACCUACGGCCGCCACUGCCGGCCCACACAGUUUCCUUGGCCGCUCCCAGACCGCGCCUGCCACCGCCAACCCUUUACCUGCAUUCCAGCCGCCCACAGGCCGCGACCAUGACUCUGCCGAUCCUCACCUCCCCUCUGGCCGCCAGCAGGCCCGGGCCAUCAACACACCUGGAGUUCGGGCCCCAUUCCAGGCAGAGUCUGAAGAAGGGUCUCAACCCAAAACGUCGCAUAUCCAUGUUCUUCACAUAUGUUGCCUGACUUCCUGAUUUACUGCAGCACUAUGUGUCCUAUUGUGUAUUAACCAGCAUCUGCAUACUUUGUUUCCACUACUUGUACAAUGGUACUAUAACUCGGUAAUCCCUUCCUCACUUAUAGCAGACAAUCGUCAAUAAUGACACUAUUCCCCCCACCCCCCCAUUCCCCCCAUGCUCCGUUAUAAUGAGGGUUUACUGUAUUUUGUUUACUGGCCACUUGCCAUGGAGGCCCUGCUCUGCAUUGUUCUAAUAGGGACCUGAUUACAAAUGCACACAAACUUAGCCAUGGAACAUUCAACCUGUGCUUUAGACAUAUAGGAGAAUGCUAACAGGACAUUGUGCCAUUUCUUCAGUCCAGGACCUGCAGUCAGUGGGGUGCAAGUAUCCCUGUUUGAUUCAUGCAUUUGUAAGUGUGUUAUUCCCUGCCUUCAUCUUCUCACAGAGCUAUUUAUGAUGGCCUGUGGGUGCUGGAUGCCCUUCAGGUACAUUCCCCAAUUAAACAUUCCCCUCAUAACGGUUUUGCACAAUUAGGACGAGCCUGCAAGAAUACCUCACCUUCCCUUUCCCUCCCCCUCGAGUAGUUAGAUCCACCACCAGUAGAGCACACUACUCUUCUCACUCUAGGAGAUACUACACUAGCACUGGCACUAACAGCCACCAGGAGUAGUUUGAGCGGGAAAGGUUAAGAGAGGAGGAUAUUGACUGCCACAAAUUAAACUUCAUACCUACUGAAAUUUGAUCAGAAAAGUUUGAACAGUUCCAUUCGUAAAUAUGAAUAGGAAGAAAAAUAGUUCCAUCGGACCUGGAGGCAAAUGAUGAAUGUAUCUUUGCCCUCUGACUCUAAACCGACUGCAUCACAGUGCCUUUGAAAUUUGUUCAUUCAGUCAUAUUUGUGAACUUGGCUACUCUGUGUGAAACCUUCAUGGGAUUGGGAAGGGCGCAUGCUGAAAAGGAAGAAUAAUUUGAUUUAUUGGUAAUAGGGAUAUCAUUAAUUCCUUCUGUUUAAAUGAAUUUGAGCAUCUUUUGCCCAGUGAUGGUUUAACCUUUACAGUUAAUCCCACAUCUUCCAUUACAGUCUGGUACUUUAUUUGUUUUCAAUCCCUCCCCUCUGCUUUUCUCCCUUCUCCAAAUUCCAUUUCUCUACCCCUCGAUACCUUAUCUUAGAUUGACACCAACACAGAAGGAGAUCAUUUGAUAUGCCAGGUGCAUACUAGCUCUCAGGGGUGUCAUCUCUUUAGUCCCAUUUCUUCACCAAUUUACUCACCUUCACACAUGCACAUCAACGUUCUUUCAUUUGUAACUUGUAGUGAGAGGUAAUUCACAGUUACUAAUCCACUAGUAUGUCUUUGGGAUGUUGGAGGAAAUUAGAGCACCCAGGAAAAACCCAAGCCAUGACGGACAGAAGAUGUAAAGUCUGCACAAGUUUUAACUUUCUCUUUUGUUUACAUGUCUCUGACCUCACCUCCCCUUCUACACUAUUCAUUCUGUCCAAGAGGCAACCUCUGCCCUCUGGAUGGGGAUGGAUUAUUGGUUCAUGGGUAGGAGUAGUGGGGGCUUCUAAGAGGCCUGUUCUGUCUCAUUCAGCUGCCUUAGAUCACUUACGCUGAACCCUCCAAAUAAUACUUCCAACCAUCCACCCACCACUACAGGCCAGACUAUAUGUUGAUCAUUGAAUUACUGGGUGAACAUUGUGACCUAGCCGUUUCGGCGCCUCCGUUUUGGGGUUAGUUAGGGUUAGGGUAUGGGUUAGGGAUAGCGUGCCACAGCAGUGGGCCAGUGGAAACAAAUUUCCAAACUUGUUAACAUAAAGCUGAUCUCACUUGCAAUAUCCUUGGCAUAGGAACUUCUUGCAGCGGGUGAUGAAUCUCUGGAAUUCACUAUCCCAAAGUAUUGUGACGCAUGGAACACUUUUAUUUAUCUGGAGGUAUUUACAGAGGUUAGGGUUAGGGUUAGGGUUGUGAUGAGUACAGAUAUUAUAAACAGAGGCGCCGGAACGGCAGCUCCAAAAAGUACCCGACCCCCUCCUGGCUUCUUACCACAUCUAUGAGAUGGAAACUAGGCUAAGUUCAUAAAAGUGACCUCAGAGGUUAACUACAAACCAUUUUAACAUUACUUGUUUUGUUUCUGUUCUGUCAAAUUCUGUCUAAUUCUCAAACCAAACCAUUCCUUUGCCCACGAUAAGAUGAACUGAAUAUUCAUACAACAUGGUUGCAUCGUAUUUUCUGUUACAAGCGGGUUUUAAAAAAAAUAUCAUUGCUAUUUUAUGUACAUAUUUCAGCCCUAUCACAUUUGAUCAGCAUCAUUGAUACUAGUCAUCCUCUUCUCCAUAACUUUAUUUUGUACUUUUAAUUCAGUUAGAUAUAAUUUUAUGUGAACUACGCGAUGUUAUUUCUUGGAGGUAUAGCAUUGAGUUGUCAUGUUUCCUUAUGAGCUCCUGUCUGCUUGCCCCUCAGAUGAGUCUCUUCCACUCUGCCUCCAGUAUCAGUGCAAUAGUUUUCAUUUUACCUCUAACACUGUUAUUGGGAUUACCAGUUUAAUAGUGUGUAGCGCUGGUCAUACAAUAUCAGACUUAUUAUCCGCAUAGCCCUUAAAGUUAGCAGAUCAACAAGAGUUCCCCUCAUCAUUCUGGGCUGGAAUGACUCUAGGAACAAGGAAUAAAAUGUAAUGAUCAAGAAUUUGUAAUGGACUUGCAGAAAUAGCCCCGUCUCUGGUCCUCAUCACCUUUGUCCUGUCUAUAUUGAGCAUUAAGUUCAGUGGAGUAUCAAAAAUGACCUCCAUUAUGCUGGUUCAAGUGAAUGACUGAGACAACGCACAAUAAUGUGAAAUACUGAACACUCGUAUCAGGCACGGAACUCAAAAUGCCAAGGUGUGUAAAUGUCUGGAAAGUUUUUAAUGAUUAUGUACCGAAUUAUGCAAAUAUUUUUUGUAUUUGAUCUAGUAACGACAUAUUGUCUAUAAUAUUUUACAGAUUGAAAUGGUCAGAUAUAUAUCUAUAUACAGAUAAAUACAUAUAUAUAGUGACCUAAUGUUACAAAUGCCAGAUGCAUACCCAUUGAGGUAAUUAGAUACCUUGGCAGCAGGUGAAGGCCAGUGUGCUGUCAGAUGCAAAUCAUUGCAAAGUCAGUAGCCAUGUAAUUUAUUGUACAGAUCAAACCAUUAUAAUCCGAAUCUGUUUUUUUUCCUUUAUAUGCCAUGUUUUAAUAAGGAGGUUGGGUAUGCAGUUAUUUAAGAAGGACCUGCAGAUGCUGGAAAAUCGAAGGCAGACAAAAAUGCUGGAUAAACUCAGCGGGUGCAGCAACAUAUCUGGAGUGUAGGAAAUAAUUCCUUCGCUCCAUAGAUGCUGCUGCACCUGCUGAGUUUCUCCAGCAUUUUUGUCUACCUUGGGUAUGGAGUUAUAUUGGUGCCUGGAAUGGAAAGACUUGGUUGAAGCUCUGUAUAGACCAAUUUGAUCCCACUUAACAUAUCCGAAACUCAGUCAUAACGUCAUUAAGACUAUAACGGGUCCAUGUAAUAGGGACAGAGUGGGUAUGGUGUUAAUCCAUGGAGCAUCCCUACUUUCAUGCUCUCAUAUAAAAUGUUACCAGUAUCAAGGCAGAGAUGUAAUUUGAAAUAAAUUAUAAAAAAAAUUAAAAUGCAUUAACGAUAGGAACACGAUAUAAAUUGAAAUAGACCAAUGCACCAUUUGGAAGAUAUGAAGAGCUUGCAAGGAUCAGAGGGUUUACAGCAAUGUUUGUCCUUCUUGUCUUAACGUUGAGGCCUUGUCAUUGAUGAAUUGCUGACGAGUGGAGAAAUCCCAUCACUAUUUAAUCUUCCAAAUGUUUGUUUAUCUUGGCUUUUUAACCAUUGUAUUCCUUCAAUAGUUUAUUACACAGAAAAGACUAAUUAGGCAGGCAAUUCCAAGCUAGUAUUUAAACAGGGUGUCCUCCCAACAAUCUUCAUCUAACCCCCAUAUGUUGGCUUGCUUCCUCUUAAUUGUUUUUGCAUCAGCUACUUCAUAUAAAAGGAUUGUUUUGUACCUGUUUCUACAGUUUCACCACUCUGGUAGUGGUGUUAAUUAAUUAUUGGAUUUAUCAAUGAUUGUCAUACUUAUUGCUACUCACUUUGGUCUUGCUCAGAAGUAGAGACGUCCUCAUGCCCACUGUGUUGAACACAAUGAUAAUUUUACAGAAAGCUGGAGCAACUCCACAGGCCAGACAGCAUCUCUGGAGAAAAGGAAUAGGUGACGUUUCGGGUCGAGACCCCUCUUCAGACAUUAUGUAGACAAUUUUAUAGAUCUUAUAUAGUUUAUAUCACUCCCCAAGCUUGCAGUACCUCAAAAUUACUUUGAAUUCCCAAAAGGCCUGCUAAAAUGUCAACCUCUUUUUUUUAUUUAUCCUACUCUCUGAGUGUUUGGACUGCAUAUUUUGCUCACAUGAGAGAACAGUAACUUAAGGAACUGAAUUGACAAUAGACAAUACUUUCAUUGAAUAUGAGAUUUGCCUUUUUUUGUUUAAAUAAUUAUUUUUGGUGUUGGUAUUGUUUUGCUAGAAAAUAUUUAAUACAUGUCCUUGAAGUUUAUUAUUGGAGAUUGCUAGUUUUAUAAUUCACAAAAUAGUAUCCCGUUAACAGAAACAGAGAAAUAUGCACAGCAGGUUAGGCAGCAUUUGAAUAGUUGCAGAUUUGGGCUUCAUAACAUUUCCAAUGAAAGGUCAUCGACCUGAAAUGUUAACUCUAUCUCUCUACAGAUGCUUUCUGAUCUGCUGAAUGUUUCCUGCACUCUGUUUUAUUUCAGAUUUCUAGCACCUGCAGUUUUGCUUUUUGAAGGCCUACAUUUCAAUGCCUCAUACCUAUAUUGUAUGUUGAGAAAGGGUGCUUUGAUGGUGUCAAGAAAUUAUCAAUUGGGCUCAACAAUGGUCAUAUCCCUGAAACUGUUACAGAUCAAUACUAAAAUUUGUUGAACUUGACUAGGGAAGCCUUUUAAAAUGUCUGUGUUGCUGAUUUAGGAUAGUGAUUACUAGCAAGACAUGGGAAACCUUGAUGUUUAAUUUGCUACUUUCUGUAAGGUAAUGCAUCAGGAAACCACCAGUACGCUCAGCAAAGGACAGAAAUAAAAUAUUAAAAUUAAUAAAAUGGGAACUAAAGGUUUGGUAUGUUGCCAUGACUGUAGCAAUUUAAAAACAAAACCUUUUCAUACGAUUUUCCACUGUGCUUUUUUCAUAUGAUGCACUUUUUAAUUCACGUGAUACGCUCUUCAGAACGGGUGGACUCAAAGCUCACUUUUUCAAGUAGGCUGAAUUGUUUUUAAAGAGCACUCUUGUGGUUAGAAUUAUUGAGCGAUUUGGUGUUGCAGCCACAGUGAAUAGAAAUAGGUUCAACAAUGUUUUUGCUGAUCAAGAUUUGCUUAGAGAUUACCCACCCUAUUCCCACCCUGCCUUUUGCCAUCCCUGACUCUAAUUGUCUCUGUCUCUGUCUCUGCUGCUUCUGCUCCCCAGAUGAGCCUUUCCACUCUAGGACAUCUAAGACGUCCUAUUUCUUUAGUAAUUGUUGUCUCUCCCCUCCCGUUAUGGAUUGCGCCCUCAACCAGGUCUCCGCUGUAUCCAACAGUUCUGCACUCUUUCCCCCCGCCCCACCGACAGAACGAGAAAAGAAUUCCACUGGUCCUUGACUUUCACACCACCAACCUCCACAUCACUUCCGCCACCUUCAAUUAGCUCCCACCACCAGUCACAGCCUUCUGCCUCAGUUCCCCUUUCUGUAGAAACAGCUUUCUCCAUAACUCCUUGGCUCACUCAUUCCUUCCCAACUAAAGUUCUCAGUUGCCAGUGUGAGGCAACAUGCAAAUUGGAAGAACAGGGUAUUUCACUUGCGACCUAAUGGUAUGAACCCAAUAGUAUCAAAUACUCUCCCCAAUCCUCCCCUCUCUUUCCCUCCCCCUCCACCACGGUAUACACACAUUUCUCCCACAAUCUCCCACCACUCUCGUCACCCUGCUCCUUUCCUGUCCUCUGUAUGCUCAUCUCCCUUUCCAGAGUCUAAUAUUAACCUUUCCAUCCCCUUUCUUCACCGUUGACCCCUUCCACCCUUAUCCCCCUCUCUGGCUUUCAUUUUAUUCCUUUCCCACUUUGACUUCUUUCCUUAUCUGCCACCCAUUUGUCUCCUUUUCACCUAUAAACGACUCCACCCAUCUACCAAACAACCUCUAUCCACUUUGCCAACGUCCCACCUCUCUCUUCCAUUUUUCUCCCCAUUCCGCUCAGUCUGAUGAAAACUCGUCUGUCCACUCCCUCCACAGUUCCACCUGCACUUUUGUUUUUGCGUGGAGACACGCCCAGCCCUCGGGAGAGUUUUGACUUCUUGUUGGGGACAGUAUGGAUGACCAAUCGCAACGAGUGAGCCGAGAUAAUGAAUGUUUAGUAGGUUGUUCAAACACAGAUGGUAUCAUCACUAAGCUCAAUUCUCUGCUCGGUGUAGCAGUAAGGGUGACAAUAAUCAGGUGCCUAAAUACAGGCUGAUCGUAUCAUAGGUGUGCACGGGGUUCCUAUAAUAACGUAGCACAUUGUCCAGGCUCCAAUCCACUCCUAACCCAUCCCUCAGUUGUUGGGAGUCAACCAACCUGCUGAGGUCACAUUCCAUACAUCAUUGGCUUGAGGCCAGUUGACGUUGCCUCCUAUACUUGUGUUGGGGAGUUCGUUUUGAGUGAUUGCAGUAUGACCAAUAUUUAUGGAUUUUUUUACAGUGUGUUUUGGUUUAUAAACAAAUGUAUAAUUUAUAUUACCCAAACAGAUGUUUUGAAUAAAGUUUUUUUUUUUGUUUAUCUGUUUGGUGAGCUAUUUGGAUAUUUUUUUUAAAUAAA